AUGAAGCUCUGUGUGACCGUCCUUUCUCUCCUUGUGCUAGUGGCUGCCUUCUGCUCCCCGGCGCUCUCAGCACCAAUGGGUUCAGAUCCUCCUACUGCCUGCUGCUUCUCUUACACCCUGCGGAAGAUUCCUCGCAACUUUGUGGCAGAUUACUUUGAGACCAGCAGCCUCUGCUCCCAGCCAGCUGUGGUAUUCCAAACCAGAAGGGGCAGACAAGUCUGUGCUAAUCCCAGCGAGCCCUGGGUCCAGGAAUACAUGGAUGAUCUGGAACUGAACUGA